UUCACUCGCCGCCUCGCGCCGGGACUGGGAACGCCGUGGGAGUCACGGGCCGUGGAGAGGGCACUGCGCUCGGGCUACCCAAUGCGUGGACUAUCUGCCGCCGCUGCCCGUGCAAUAUGCUGGAGCUCCAGAACAUCUAAACGGAGUCGCCACACCGCUGCCUGGGCUGGAUCGCAGCGCUGCCUUUCCUUAUGAAGAAGACACAAACUUGGAUUAUCACUUGCAUAUAUCUUCAGCUGCUCCUAUUUAAUCCUCUCGUCAAAACUAAAGGGAUCUGCCGGGAUACUGUGACUGAUGAUGUGAAAGACGUUACAAAAUUGGUGGCAAAUCUUCCAAAAGACUACAAGAUAUCUCUCAAAUAUGUUCCCGGGAUGGACGUUUUGCCUAGUCAUUGUUGGUUAAGUGAGAUGGUGAAACAAUUGACAAUCAGCUUGACUGAGCUCCUGAGCAAGUUUUCAAGUAUUCCUGAAGGCUUGAGUAAUCAUUCUAUCAUAGACAAACUUGUGAAGAUAGUGGAUGACCUGUGGGUGUGCGUUCAAGAGCACACACCUAAGAAUGUAAUAAAAGGAUCUAAGGACCCAGAACUCAGGCAAUUUACUCCAGAACAAUUCUUUAACAUUUUCAAUAGAUCCAUAGAGGCUGUUAAGGACUUUAGAGAGACAUCUGACACUAGUGAUUGUGUGUUUUCUUCAACAUUAAGUCCUAAUAAAGGGAAGGCUGAUAAGUCCCUUGGAGACUCCAACCUACAAUGGGCAGCCAUGGCUUUGCCAGCAUUCUUUUCUCUUAUAAUUGGAUUUGCUUUUGGAGCUUUCUACUGGAAGAAGAAACAACCAAAUCUUACAAGGGCAGGUGAAAGUAGAAAGAUCAAUGAAGAGGAUAAUGAGAUAAGUAUGUUGCAAGAAAAAGAGAGAGAGUUUCAAGAAGUGUAAUUGUGGCCUGUAUCAACACUGUUACUUUCAUGCACUGGCGGGUAACAGUUCAUGUUUGCUUCAUAAAUGAAGCAGCUUAAAACAAAUUCAUAUUCUGUCUGGAGUGACAGACUGCAUCUUUAUCUGUUCUUGCUACCCGUGACUCUAUAAGGAUGAUUCAGAAAUUGGAACCAAGUGUUUUACUGUGAAACUGGCACUGAAUUAAUCAUCUGUAAAGAAGAACUUGCAUGGAGCAGGACUCUAUUUUAAGGACCUGGGGGACUUGUAGUCUCAUUUAGAACUUGCAGCUGACGUGGGGGAAGAAACGCACGCGUCCUAGACUGCACGUCCCGUUUGCAUGCCUUCAGAAAUGUCUAACUGCUGAAAUACCGCAAAGCUUUACUUCUCAGUUUCAACCUGCAGUCGUAGGUAACCUGGCCUCUGCAAGUAGAUUUCAGCCUGGAGAAGAGGGGGAAGGUAGCGUUUUUCCCUCAAAGGGAUCUAGAAGAAAGAAUUUUAAAAACAAAACAAAAACUCAGUUGCAUCAGCCACUGUGCAGUAUUGAAAACAGUGGGAAAGAAGUGGUAGAAGUAGGCAACAGUCAGCCUUGUCGUUGCCAAUUUAAAGGUAGAGGUCUGACCAUGAUCUCUUUUUGACAAAACCAUGCCACCCAUAUCUCA